CGGCCGGCGAGCCGCGAGCCGGGCGGCCUUAUCACCGAGCGGCAUACAGUCGGCUCGCGUCCCCCGCGACGCACGUUUCCGCGAGUGCCGUCCGACCCGCGAAUAGUUACUUGUGACAGUGAAGCCAGAACUUGUGAACUUUUCGAGGUGUGCGAUUGCUUACUAACUGUUUGUGAGACGAAGCAACGCAACUGUCAAAGGUUGUAAACAACAGCGCACGUGACGCCGGCCCACAACUGGAGCGUGGUCGCUAUGGCGACUAAAGGAAAACGGCCGAUGCGCGCGCUCACGCCCAGCGACAAGAUCGAGGCGAUCCAGCGCGUUAACGACGGCGAGUCUAAGGCGUCGGUUGCACGCGACAUCGGCGUGCCCGAGUCCACGCUGCGUGGCUGGUGCAAGAACGAGGACAAGCUGCGCUACAUGACUUCGCGGCUCUCCUCGCCCGACACCGACAAGAGCAACGACGGCGAGCCGCUCGACAAGCGCGCGCGCACGGAGUCCCCCGUCGCGCCGCACUCGCCCGCGCCUACCGGCCUCGACCUCUCCGCUCCGGUCGGCGCCGCGCACACCCCGCCCUCCGCACCCCUGCCGCCAGCAGACACGCCCGUCGAACUCACUACCAAGCGCACCGAGCCCGCUCUGCACCACGCCCCGCACCGCGACCGCCGCGCCGACCCUGGCGCCAGCGUCUCCAUGAGCGCCAUCAGCCCGCUCUCGGGCCUUGCGCACCUGCCCGGCCUCACGCACUCCCACCUCGGCAUUAGCUUCAACGAAAUCGCUACCAACUUGACCCUGCUCGCACAGCUUAACCCUGGCCUGUCCGGUCUCUCGGCUCAGCCGGCGAGCCGCGCGCUGCGCUCCGUGCGCUCUCCCAAGCCUGCACACAACGGCGGCCUCAACCUCAGCGAGACUAAACAUCGGAGCAAGUCCCAUCAUUCGCACUCCUCCGAUCCUUACCGUCACAGCGGCUCUAAGUCACAUCACAGCAGUUCCCAGAGCGCGACUCAGCCAGUGGACGACUCUCUGUGGUACUGGCUUAAGACUCAGCAGGCCAUGCUCGACCUGACCGCACAGACGACCACCGCCCACCCGCUGCAGCUCGGCAAACCGAGCGAGCCAAGUCUGCCGCCGAAGCCGGUCGCGCCCGCUCCUCCUCUCAAUUCUCACUUAGAUUAUAACAGAAAUUCUUGGCUGUGGCAAUAUUACAAACAGUUCGGUGGCGCGAUGCCCUUCCCCGACGACAAACUGAAAUCUGCAUCGCAGGUCCCGAAAGACAAAGCGGCGGAGAACAUUCUUUAUUCACAAUUGACGAGAGGCAAAGCGGAGGAGGAGCAUGCCGCGACAACGAUACCUGCUCCAUUGCCUCCGCAUCCCGCCGCCGUCGGGGAGGUGCGCGAGCCCGCCGCACCCGAGCCCCGCCUGACUGAGCCCGUACCUAGCCCCGAUAUCGGAACAGAGAACAAGGAGCCCAAUCACGAGAAAAAUGUAGACACCGGUAGAAGUCAAAAUAAGGCGCGAAACGUUCUGGACAACUUGUUAUUCAAUAAUAACAAUCAAACGAGCGGGGAGGAAGCGAAGUCGAAUGAGGUGACGAAUGGCGAGUGGGAGAGCGGGGCGGCGGAGGCGCUGGAGCACGGGGAGAAGUUCUUGAGGUGGCUGGAGGCGAGCGGCGACCCCAGCGUGACGCGCAUGCACGUGCACCAGCUGAGCGCGCUGCUGCACAACCUGCGCACGCGCCGCGCCGCACCCCCCGCGCCCGCCGCGCCCGCAGACCACGCCGCGCGCCGCAAGUAGGCGCCCCCGCCUUGCGCGCUCGCUACAGGGAAUAUUUCAAUUAUACGUGUACAUAUUUAAUUACGUCGUCGCCAGUAAGCGUUCACUUGUGAUAUGUGUAGCCAAAUUUGCGUAAUUUCUUUGUUCUAAAAGAAAAGCUAUGCAUUAUAUUUGUUUAGUUCGUAAGGUUUAACGUAGCCGCGGUACGGGGCCGGCGCGGUUCCCUCGAUAGCUUUGUCGAAUCUCUACAUUGAUAGUUGAACUUUUUCCGAGUUUAUAGCAAACUUUAUUGUGUUAAUAUAGUUGAUAAAUGUUACAGAUCCACAGUCAUGUUAGUUUCUGAUGCGCACGAGUCGUUAUGUCAUUAGAGUACCUAAGUAGUGCCUCCAUCGCCGCCGCAGUCGCCGCCGCUGUCGCUGUACGUUGCCAUUGUCGAUUACAUUCCUAGGUGUUGUUGCCCUACCGUAGUGCGAUCCCUAUGUUCUACCUCAGAUCAAAUCUAAUGCUAAGUCAAGGCGUCCUGUCGGCCGCUUAGGGAUAGUUGUCUGGCGAGAGCCGCUUGUGGCGCUAGUGUCGCGUACCUAUACCAAAUAUUGAGGUUGCGAUUGUAUCAAAUGUGCCAAUCGUAAGAACAAGGUAGUAUAUGUUGUUAAGAUAUAGAUGACUACGGUUAUCGACACCCGUGUAAUUGUUUUUUAUUGCUCAGUAUUUUAUAUAUCGUAGACAAUCUCGAAGUCUCGACUCGGAAUUGUAUAUGUUAAACGUUAACAGUUAAGGACUCUGUGAUCAAAAUUAUAAAUUAUUGAGAAAUUAUUAAUAUUAUAAGUACAUUCCUAAUGAAUAGAGCGUAUUAUGGUGAUGUUGAAGCGAGCGUCCGACGGCGACGGGAGGCCGCCCGCCCGCAGCCCGCCGCCCGCCGCCCGCCGCCCGCCGUCGGACGCGAGCCGGUUCAAAGAUUCUAUAUCUCCUUUCCACUGAAGUUAGUAUAGUAUUGUAUUCGUUGUAAUUAUGUUAGCUCCAUUGGAUACUGUUUCGAGAGAUAUUUUGUACAAAAUUAAUAUGAAAAAUAUGAUUAUUAAAGAUAUACUUAAUAACGCAGAGUUUGUGAUCUUGAAAUGUUGAAGAAUUAAAUUUGAACCUUUAACGACA